AUGGUGACCAUGGUUGGCGGAGAUGCUGAUGAUGACGACGGCGAUGCCAGUUACGUGGCGAUGUGCAGCCACGUCAUCGCACCACCAUCCUGGAAGUACCUAGGAAGUGCUGCCGACGACGGCGACGUCGUUUGCACCUGCGGGCAGCUACGCACACGGGCCGAGGAAGUUGGUGACGAAGAGCAAAUCUUGGACUUGAUUUGCGAGGCCAAUGAGCUGCGGGAUGCCCUGCGGAACUACGAGACCUUCGAUGCUCUCUGGGAGCCUGCAUGGAACUUUGAAUACGACGAGGUGGUUUCGAGCCCUCUUCUUCGCAGCUGCUGGGUGCUGACCGGGCUGCUGCCGUGCGCCGCGUGCCGGAAGCUGUUUUUCGCCGCUGGAAGCCGUGGCUUCGAGGAGGACUCAGGCGAUGCUAGUCGCUUCGGGAGCCGGUUGCAGAAUUUUGGGCGCGUGCUGCGCUCGGAUGAUGAGCCUCUGGCUGAGCUCCUCUGGAAGCGAGCGCCUUCGCUUCACCUGCGGCCCUUCCACUCCUGCCCGCGCCCGCGGGCUGGCGCGCCGUAG